AGCAGGGCAAAAGAGGGAAUUUGUGCUGCCCACUCCAAACCCACACCUUCCCCCUAAACUCAUCCUCUGUAGCUCAACCUCAAAGCCAGCUCUACUUCCAGCCACAUCCUCAACCCCAAACACAUUUGCAUGCCUUAAGGCCCUGGUCAUUCAAUUUUGUUAACUCCUCUCUGGCCUUACCUUCCACUGACCCUACCCUCUCAUGCUGUUUGGACUCCCCCCUUCCACCCCCAGACAGGGAAGUACAGUACUUGGCACACAACUGGCUUUCAGGGUGAAUAAAGGAUGUGGAAAAGAAGAAAUGUAAUCUCUCCCUAUUCCUGACUUCACACCUUACUUAAAAGCAGAACAUCAGCCUAAUUUCCAGCCAGGCUUCCUGCACACCCUGGGCUCUGGGAGCAGGCAAUUUAAUACAUAUGAUCCCUACACGGACCAAGUAAACACAGCUGGAUCCUACCCAAGACCUGUUAGUUUGUGAAAUGAGAGUAUAGGGAAACUCCUAAUUGCUCCUGCCAAAGCCACUUCUUGCUGCAAGGUCCUAGAAUCACCCAUGCCUUACUGCCUACAUGGCUUCCAACCUCGAUUUUUUUCCUCUGCAGAAUGGGAGCAGCCAUGCCCACCUCAACAAAUUGGAACCUUCUAUUCUCUCAGGGGGAACCUGGGGGCCCAUUAGGUGUUUGCGUAGUCCCCGCCCAGCAGGAGCCAGCCUCCUCCUGGGCYGGCUGCCAGAUCAGUCUCCUCCCUAAGACGUCCUCUCAGGCGUCGUCCCCAACUGGUGCGGGACGGACAGACAGGUCUGGAGGCUCAAGGAGCUGGCUUUCGGAGGUUCAGAGGUUGCAGAGCUGAGCCAUGGGGAAGAAACGCGACGCCAUCCUGGAGGCAUUGGAGAACCUGACCACGGAUGAGCUCAAGAAGUUCAAGCUGAAAGUGGGGGCGGUGCAGCUGCGCGAGGGCUGUCGGAACAUCCCGCGGGGGGCGCUCAUGCCACUCGACGCAGUGGACCUCACCGACAAGCUGGUGGUCUUCUACCGUGAGGACUACGCAGCAGAACUCACCGCAGCCGUGCUGCUGGACAUGGGCAUGCAGGAAGAGGCGACGAGACUUAAGGGGGUUGCAUGAGUCUCCAGCACCGAGGAUUCCAUUCAUUCUGUAUGAGUCUGAUAAAAGAUGGGCGAGUUUGGGAGUUCUGGAGUCAUCAGCAGAGGUGAGAGCAUGGACUGGGCAGGCCCCUGGGAGGAGGCUCCUGCCAUGGGCUAGGAGACCACCAACCAGGACUGGACUGACUGCAGAAAAGCAGAAGUGGGAGGGGCUGUUAGGCUACUCCCCUGGGGAAGUCUAGAGGCCUCAAAUACCAGCAUAAAAAACRGUUAUCUACCCUCUCUAGGAGACUGGGGGCUAAGAAGAGGAGCAACAAAAUGCUGAUGAAGCACCCACCCCCACCCCAGCCCAGCAUACACAACAGUAGGGGAAGACAUUGCCUUCGUCCCCUCAGCAGAGAUCAAUCUAGGAACCCGCCCUUGCCUCCAGACUCCGCUUCCCCCAAACCUGCACCUGUCGUUUAUAACCCAAUAAAUACUUCAAGACAGACCUUCCUGGACCCUUUGGAUCUUUUGGCAGCUACAUGCAUGUGAUUUGCAUUCGUAUAAUAUGCGCAAGCUAAUGUGUGCCAUUGUCUCCAUUCGUCAAUGUUUGUAUCUUUCCUGGGUAUCCAUGAGGUUUGCAAAACUUGGGGCACGUACAACUGUGCGUGAGCUGUCGAGGUAUUAAGGACUUAUAGCUCCUCCUGAAAAGCAACCUGGACUAUGCUCUUGGAUGCCACCCUAGGCCUGCGCACUGAGGUGCAGGCCUAGGCAUGCCUUGUCCUUCCUGCCUCCCUUUCUCCCUUUCUGUUAAGCCCCAUGUGGUGACUCUCAGACAUGUGAGUUUGGCAGCUUAAGUUUGUGUUGGGUGCAAGGGCCUCAGCCAAGCAGCUGUGCACUACAGGAGAGCAUGUGCCCCGCCUCCUGGCAUGCCUCAAAUCUCAAUCCUCUAGUCUUAUGGGAUCCCACGCCACACUUACUUGCCAGCCUGACAGGACCACCCGGGUCAUCCAAUCGCACAUUAGCCCUCAAUUCAGCAGACUCCGCCCCCACAAUUCUAGGUUACUCCUGGGACUGCCACUGGGAAAUCUAGUUGAGCAGCACUGCUCCCAGCCCGCCCCCCUACACUGGCCACCUUGCCCCAUCUGCUUCCCCUAGCAAYUCCAGGAGCCCAGGGACCUCUGAAGUCAGAUUCAAAUCAAUGCAGCAACUUCCUGCUCCUUCAGGCCCUAUGCUAUCCAACAACUCCAUCCCACCCCGAACCCUGCAAGG